AUGGAAGUUUCUCUUGGACCUCAUCUCAUACCCGUAGGCCCUCCAUACUUUUCUCAAUUCCGCGACAAACUUCACAAACCUGAGGCUAUUGAAGCCAUCCCUGUCACCAAAAUUCCAAUUAUUGCUACAUCUGCAAUGGAUAUCAGUAAUUCUACUGUCAUAGGGAAUAUACAAAGCAUUGUCAACCUGCUCAAGCAGGGUGGAAUCAGAGAUCCUACAGUCAUUGAUGAUCCUGACAUGCCUGACAUCUUAGAGUAUGUGGUUCUCUUCCACAGUGACCUUGGGAGAGGAGAACAUCUUUAA